AUGCCACCAAAGAAGUCCGCUAUUGCCGCUGCUGCCAAAGCCGGUGGUGCUAAGAAAAAGAAGUGGUCCAAGGGAAAGGUUAAGGACAAGUCCCAAAACAUGGUUGUCUUGGAUCAACCAAUGUACGACCGAAUUUUGAAAGAAGUUCCAACUUUCAAGAUUAUCUCUCAAUCAACUUUGAUCGAUCGUCUUAAGAUUAACGGAUCUUUGGCCCGUGUUGCAAUUCGUCAUUUGGAACGUGAUGGUUCUAUCAAACGUGUUAUUCACCACAACGGUCAAUUGAUCUACACCCGUACUGGAGGUGAUUAA